AUGUGGGGUCUGAUUGGGAAGACCGCACCCCAAGUCAGGGGCUCCGCACCUACGGUCAUGCAGUCAACUCAGCCUGCCCACCCAGAGAGGAGCCAUGCCAAUGGCCCAGAGGAGAGCAGGCAGGCGCUGCGCCCAGCCACACCACCAGCCCAGGGACCCCUCCUCCUGUCCCACGCAGAGGAAAGGGCGCAACGCGGUGGUGAAAAGCACUGCGCAGGCCUGGCCUGGAUCCGAGUCAGCACACAGACGGAGCAGAGAGGCGAGUGGACACGUGGGUGGGUUUCAAAUACGGAGCCAGAUAUCAUGAUAGAUAACUAUCAGGGACCUAUCAGAGAGGGGGAGGAGAGUGCCUCGACUCGACUCCCUGGGGAGCGUGAGGGGCAGCCCCGGGCAGCAGAGACCUCCACACUCACUCUCGUCCCCACACUCGCCCACUUCUGGACGGGCCAGGGUCCUCCCUGCGGCUCUGACUGUCUGGUCCCCACCCCCGGCCCAGAGCUCAAGGCCUCGGUGAUGGGGCGGAGGCCACUGCUCCCAUCUCGAGGGCACCAGGAGGGCCGUCCGAGGGCGCGGGCAUCCGGGCCGCACCUGCGACAGGCGUGGCCCGCGCGCCCCCUCGCGCUCUUCCGCGGCCCUGCACCUGGCCGCGGCGGCUUGGAACCCCGGCGCCGCCUCGGGUUUCUGCCCGCCCGCAGCUCCGCUUCGCUGAGGGUGGAGCGCCUCCCAGACGCCCAGGGGGGAUCCCAGGCCUCCCCCAACCUACAUUCCAAGGAGCAGAGCCAGACGUUAACCAAAGACUCGCAAAGGAACCUGGAGUUAAUCAGCCCCACCCCUCAUGCUGCAGAAGGGGAGCCGAGGCCUGUGCGUGACGCCGCAGCUGCCUCCAGGUUCAGCACGAUCGGUGCAUCCUGGGCGUGCCCACCUUUAGCACUGGUGGUAGAACAGCGCGUGCCCCGGGCCUGGGCACUGGUCUUGUACAGGGGCCCUCAGUGA